CCUUCUAGUUCUUUCCUUUGUCAUACUCCGAACGCUCCUAAACCUCCCUCAACUCCUAAACCUCCUUCCCCACCUCGUCCCUCAGAUUUCGUACUCUGGCCCCUCGCUCCUCCUCAGAGGUUAAGUUUUAUCGGACGAAAGAAAAAGGUGAUCUUGGAUCUCGGUUUUGUUUUCUACUUUACACAAGAUUUAGCAUACCUCUUAUCCUGUCUCAGGAAGAAUUGACUUUCUAUAUGAGGUUUGACAUUUAAAUGCUACAUUACAAUCCAUACAUUUGAUCUACUGACUCCACAAUGUCUGAAAUCAGAUUCGGCAGUCUCUCCUGGGACCAAAUUAUAACACUGGAUAACAUAUUAAACGAAGUAGUUCCAAUUCAUGGAAGGGGAAAUUUCCCCACACUGGAAGUAAAACCAAAAGAUAUCAUUUAUGUUGUGAAAAAUCAACUCAUAGGGCAAGGGAUUAUUGUUAAAGAUACCCGAUUGAAUGGUUCCACAGCAAGUUAUGUACUUGCAAACCAUAAUGGAAUCAGCUAUAAGGAUCUGGACAUUAUUUUUGGAGUUGUAACUCCAAGUGACCAAGAAUUUCAAGUUGUCAAGGAUACAGUUCUAAGAUGUCUACUUGACUUUUUACCUAAAGGUGUGAAAAAGGAAAAGAUUACCCUAAAGACCAUGAAAGAGGCUUAUGUGCAGAAGAUGAUCAAAAUUUGCAAUGAGCGUGAUCGUUGGAGUCUCAUCUCUCUUUCAAAUAACACUGGGAAGAAUGUAGAGCUAAAAUUUGUGAAUUCACUCAGGCGACAGUUUGAAUUUAGUGUGGACUCCUUUCAAAUUAUUUUGGAGCCCAUGUUAGACAUUUACUAUGACAAAAAUGCUAAGUUAACCAAAGAAUCUCAUCCUGUUGUGGUAGCUGAAAGCAUGUAUGGUGAUUUCCAAGAAGCAAUGAUUCAUUUAAAGUACAAGCUUAUAUGUACCAGGAAACCUGAAGAAAUUAGAGGUGGUGGUCUUCUGAAGUACAGCAACUUGCUGGUUCGUGAUUUUAAACCAGCUUCUGAAUCAGAAAUCAAGAUCCUAGAACGUUAUAUGUGUUCUAGGUUCUUCAUUGAUUUUCCUGAUUUAGCCAAACAGCAAAAAAAAAUUGAAUCCUACCUACUCAACCAUUUCAUAGGAGAAGAAAAGAGCAAGUAUAACUACCUUAUGACUCUGCAUACUAUUGUGAAUCAAAGCACCGUUUGCCUCAUGGGUCAUGAAAGAAGACAGACCCUCAACAUGAUCACGCUUAUGGCUUUAAAAGUACUUGGAGAACAGAAUAUUCUUCCCAAUACCGAAAAUGUAACAUGCUUUUAUCAACCUGCUCCAUACUUAUUUGCUGAAAGAGGGUACCCUAUUUAUUAUGUAACACCUGGGCUACCACCUGUUUUCUUUCAGCCAUGUCAUGCAUCUCCCUUUCAUAUGCCAAAUGGCAUGUUUUAAGAAACACAUAUAAAAAAGAAACAUACAACAGAAAUACUGCUUUAAUUAAACACCUUUUAAAAGCAAGUUUCCAAAUUCUGUAAAAUUUAUGGUCUAUUUUUAGUUUUUGUGGCAUUAAGAAAUAUUUUCCAUCAAUUAAAACUUAAACAAACCAUCAAAGUAAAUAUGCUAUCAUCAGUGAGCUGACAACUUUAAAUGAUUUUCAAGUAUUACUGACAAGUUCUAAUAAUUUUCAAAUGUUUAAAAACACUUGAAUUGACUCAGUUCCCGCUUACUACUAGAGACUUUCAAAUUUGGAAAUUUUGGAAAAUGUGAAUGCCUGUAUCUUUGACUAAAAUAAAAAUGAACAUCUUAAAAACCAGAAAUAUAAUGAAGGCACGUGUCAAAAUUGUAUUUAAUCAAUCCCUUUGUUCAGUUCUUUUCUUUUAGGUGGAUUAUAUUGUUGCCAAAUUUUUAGAGCUUAACACAAAUACAUAAUUUGAAGAAAAUAGAUUCAGAAGAUAUAAAAUCCUGGACUUUAUAAGCAUUUAUUUCUUCUUAAUUAAAUUAGAUUCAGAAAUCUGAAGGAAUGAUGGGAAAAUAUUUUCAGAAAACAUUGAACAUUAGUGAUUUAUUAUCUACCUAAUUUGACCUUUAGCUAUAAUGUAGAUCUGGAAAAAGUAUCAUCCAGCUGUACAACUAAUACUGUGACCAGUUUCUCUCUCUCUCUCUCUCUCUCUCUCUCUCUCUCUCUCUCUCUCUCUCUCUGUCCUAAAUGACUUGAAAACAGUGAAAUGGCAAACUCUGAAUGUAAAAGUUUUCUGUCAUCAACUGUUUAAAAGAGUCUCUAAAAGGCAAAAAAGGGGGAAAGGCGGAAAGGCAAGGAUCUUGAGCCAUAACAUUUACUAUUUUAUGAAAUAUUGACUAACAUCUAAAUAUAUCUGGAAGCGUCCGGUUUUAGUGACUAAAUUUAUGUUCAUUAUCACAUAUGAAACACACAUUUCAUUUUGUGAUUCCCAGGCAUCAUUUUGUAACAUGCCACUCACGUGCUUCAUCAGUGGUGGAACUUCACAUGGUACUAUAUUUUAUUCAUCAAUUGCAUGUAUUUAUUUUAUAUCUGAAUAACUACUUAACUAAAUCAAAAAUGCCACUAGCAAAUCUACCAGGGGGCUAAAACUGUAUUUCCUUUCUAUAAUGAAAAUAAUACAUGACCAAUAUUGUCUGGUAUAAUAGGAAGCUAUCCUGAAUAACAUUUAUAAAAUCAUCACAAAACUUCAAUAUUUCUAUUGCCUUAUGAUUUUUUUCUUAGUUUCCAUGUCAGUCUUCAUUGAGCAUCAUGUUUUCUAUUAAAAGCUGACCCAACAUUAUAUUUUAAGAAUGUACCACUUUGACAAUCUAUUUAACCUGUCUUCUCUCUGUUACAAUAUUGAACACAGGAAGCACACUUCGUAUGACUUUUCAGAUAAGUAAUACUUUUGACGUUUUAUACCACAGCACUACUGUCUAUCAGUAUAUUUUUAAUAACUAUAUUUAUAUCACAUAAUCCUGAGGCUUCUCUGGGACAAAUGAAAAAUUUAUAAGUACUACAUAUAAAUGAAAAUUCAGCAAUUUUUAUCUAUAUAUUUUAUUGGCUAAACAUUCAUCAUUAUUUUGUCCCUAAGUAAUAUUACUUUUCAGUUAGUGUAAGUAAAUGUAAAUAAAUUAAAGGUAUUUAUAAGUAAUACAAAGUAAUUCCAAUGAUGUAGAAAAAGUGUGAAGACUAUUUUAGAAGUGUCAAUAGUAAAGGUUCAGUAUCUUCCAUGUUAACAUUUUGCACUAAAUAACGAAUUCUGAAGCUCUUUGAAAACAUCUUAUCUACCAUAAGCUCCACUGCCUGUUUAAAAAUCUUACUGAGAAUUCAAGCUCCUUCUUCCUUAAAAAGCAAUUUCUCAGUGAUAUUCCCCUAAAAUUUUAAGUCAUAAUGGAAGAAUACCUGAAAAGCUACAUGCUUUCUCCCAAUGCUUAAAAUAUGUAUUUCUCUAAUAAAACAGCUCAGAAUUGGUGUCUGUAAUAUUUUUCUAUAGAAAAAGAAUCCAGACAUAUUGAAUAGGAAUGAUAUCAUAGAAGAGAAAGCUAUGGAAUUACUUCUCAUGCAUUCCUUUUUAUAGAUACCAUCACUAAGCUAGGCUUUUCUUUUCUCCCAAAUAAACAGAAAUAUUUGUUUGAGCAUCUCUUCAGGACUAAGCUAACUUCCUUGAGAAGCAGUACAAUUUCACUUGGUUCCUCAGAAUAAUGGGGGAGCUUAAUUUUUAAGUAAAUGAGUUCUGUACCCGUCACAUAAAGGAAUUGAUAAAAGAAUGUAUCCUAUUACCAGAGGUAAACCAUGUGAUCUUUGACUAUUUAACUGAUGGCUAUUUCAUUGUAUAUACAUCUGCAAGAGUGAGUUUUGAUUUAUGAUGACUGUUUCAUUCAGAAACCUACCCAAACCUGAAAAAGAGAAAAAAUUUUGAUGUAAUGAUAUAAAUUUUGUUUAAGCCAAAAUAUACUUAAAUUUUUCAAAUAUUCACACAUCAUCAAAUUUAUCCUUGUAGAUUUGUUGUAACUUCAGCAAGAGAUAUUCUUCUAAUAAUGAUGGAUAUCUAGUUUAAUCAAAGAAAAAUGAAAUAAAAUGAUUAACUUGUUUGAAAAGAUAAACCAACUAC